UUUACAUCAUUGAAGGCAUCCGAGUAAAAUCUUGACUGAUUUGCGUAGAACAAUUUUCCAAUCUCCCGAAAAUGACACGGCUGAUUUUGGUUCUUUGUGCUCUUCUCUCUCUGGCCGUCGGACAGAGUCCAUACAACGAUCGAUUCUCGGGAGGAAUAGGUUCGAGGUAUCGUGGAGGAGGAACGACCGGCAGUCCGUUUGUAACGACAACUACCGUGACGACAGUUCUCGACUUGAGCACCGGAAUGACGAAAACUUUCCACUCGUCCAGCAAUCCUAACAGCGGCGGUGGUGAGAGGUCCUCCUCUUACGGUGGCGGCUACGGAGGAGGUGAAAAGAAUAAAUUUCCGGAAGGAAGCAGCGAAACUAGCCCAUUAAUGAAUAUCCUGAGCGAAAACGAUAUCAGCGUCCUUGUGAAUAGCUGGCAUAUUCUCAAGAAGCGCAGCGAUUUCGCCCCCAAAGUGUUCAUGAGAUAUUUCAAAGCCAAACCCGAAGCUCAGAAGCUCUUCUCGGAAUUCGCCAACGUGUCCAUUACGGAUUUGCCAAAUAAUCACGAUUUCCUGAACGCUGCUUAUUCUUGUGUGUCCAGUCUGGAAUUCAUCCUUCCUCAUCUCAGAUCCCAACAUCCGGAGCGAUGCCCCGCCCUAACCGAUCUCAAGAAUAAAUACAGCGUCGUUGAUCUCAAGAGGUUCGUACCGAUCUGGAUGGCGGCCAUGCAAGAAGAGAUGGGCAACGCUUACUCCAACGACGUCCGCGACGUCUGGAAGAAGGCCUUGUCCGCUUUUACCGAUUACGCUUCAACCCCAUAAUCGAAUUUAUAUUUGUUAAACGAUUAAUUGUAUUUCACGUAGUGUUAUUUAGGGGGCGCUUUUUCACAGCUACUGUACAAGCUGCUUUGUGUAUUUUAUUUGUAAUAUUAUAACCAAGCUUUUAGUCAAUACAAUAUUCAACGCAAAAUA